UGAUACCUUACCCCAGCUGCACCUGGUGACGAAAGGCUCCCAACAUCGGACUGUGGUGCUGCACGGAUACCUGACUUAAGGUCCUUGGAUUCUAGCACAUGUACAAGCUUUGAAGACCAAUUACCCACAACAUUGGAGCACCAGAUCAAUUCUUUCAGUACCUGAAAGCGCAUUCAUAUUCACGUCUUUUCGAUCCGUUGCAGCUGCGCAAAGCUGCUCGUCCCUGGGAAGCACCAUGAAUUCCGCCGGAAUCCAGACUCUCCUCGAUGCCGAGAGGGAAGCGUCCAAGAUUGUGCAGAAGGCGCGCGAGUUCAGGACAAAGCGCGUCAAGGAAGCCCGAGAUGAAGCCAAGAAGGAAAUAGCCAACUACAAGUCCCAGAAAGAGGAGGAGUUUAAGAAGUUCGAAGCUGAACAUAGCCAAGGAAACCAACAAGCCGAAGACGAGGCGAACAAGGAGGCCGAGAAGCAGAUUCAAGGUAUUAAGGAAGCUGGCAAGAAGAGCCAGGCAGGUGUUGUCAAGAACCUCUUGGCUGCUGUCCUUGAAGCCAAGCCACAGCCUGCUAUGCGCGCAUAGUGGGUGGUGGAUCGUGCAACAAUGUGUAACCAAACCAUGCCGACAAUUACAAAUGC